AUGCAGGCUUUGGAAACGCCAGUUAUUUCUGUGCUUAUGGAUAAGGAUAGUGGACAAUAUAAGGGUGUUAGAUUAGCAUCAGGGCAAGAUUUGUUUAGCCAUCAACUUGUUUUGGAUCCAACCUUCACGGUUACAUUGGCACCAACUUCAUCUCCACCAAACCUUCUACGAGAAGAUCUUCAAGUUUUAAGUGUGAAAGAUGAUAAAGGAAAGGUGGCUAGGGGAAUAUGUAUUACAGCCCGUUCCUCGAAGCCAGAUAUAUCAAAUUGUGUGCUUGUAUGUCCUCCUAGAUCUUUGUGCCCUGAACAGGAUACCUCAAUCCGGAUUAUCCAGAUAUGUGGCAGUUUGGAAACGGGUGUUUGUCCAAAGGGCAUGUUUCUGCUGUACUUUUCUGCUUUAUGCGAUAAUGCUGAGCAAGGAAAAAUGUUGCUACAUGCAGUCCAGAAUGCUCUUCUCACACUUCCUAUGUCUGGAAAUCCUGAAAGAGCUUCCACAGUUCAAAGUGAAAAAGCAGAAGUAAAACCCAACUUACUUUGGAGCACGUUGUAUAUUCAGGAGCUGACUCUGGAUCAACAUGAUUUUCUUAUUUCAACUACCAUGCCAGAUGGAAAUCUUAGGUACAAUGAUCUGUUAGAUGCAACUGUGCUGGUUCUUGAGGGAGUAGCGUUCGCGGUGCAAAGAGGAUUGUGA